GGGUCCAUUUUUUUUGGGGGGGGGGGGGAGGAUUAUCAAAAGCCUCGUUGCAGGAGCUGAAACCGGUUUUGAAACGGACUUGUUACAGGGAAGUAGAAAUCUGCGUUAACGAGGGCAUUUUUUAGUGGAUGCAAAUGACUCCGUUUUUAGACUAAAGAGUGUUUACAUCAAUGGGCUCGUAGUAGUCUCAUUAGCAGCGAAGUAUAAAUCAAGAAUAGUCAUUAAUAAGUGAAGCACCGCAAACAGUUUUCGACUGACGGUGCUUUUGCACACCUGAUCCAUGUCAUGUGAGAUGAGUUGAAAUAUUCAUUAACAUGUCCUAGAUUCUGUUUCCAAUACAGCUGGUGGGCACCAUGUGCAUGUAGAUUAUUAUUUGGGGUUAUUUUUUAGUUGUUGUUUUGUAACUGGAGAAAGUCAAAAUGUCGGUAAAAGCCAAAGCCCUCUACACAUUCCAAAGUGAAAACAAAGAGGAGAUCAGCAUUCAGGAGAAUGAGGAACUGGUCAUCUUUGACGAGAACUCAGUGGACGGAUGGUUCCAGGGGGAAAACAGCCGAGGUGAGCGGGGUCUCUUCCCGGCGUCCUACGUGGAGGUCAUUCGCACACGUUCCAACUCCAACGUGACCGACUGCUCCAUCAGCCCGGCGGGCUCAUUGGGGAACGACUCCUAUUUCCUGCCCUCUACUCAGAACACCACCCUCAACACGCAGCCGACUUAUUACGAUAUCGACGACGAUGACGACUGGGACGACUGGGACGACAGGUCCACCGUGGUUGAGGACGCCGAUCACAGCCGGAGCCCUGGAGCCAACGGCCACUCGCAUCAAAGCCCGCCAUCCAACAACCCCAACGUGCACGACCGGGCCAAGCCGCCAAUGGAGAGGCAGGACAGCAUCUCCAGCGCCAGGAAAGGCAGCAUGGUGGGCCGCAAUUUGAACCGCUUCUCCAGCUUCGUCCGCUCCGGCGUGGAGGCGUUUGUGCUGGGGGACGUGCCCAUGAUGGCGAAGAUAGCCGAAUCCUACACCAUCGAGAUGAGGCCCCAGGGGGCCGGGUGGAAGGAGAGCCCGCAGCCUUUCUCCUGCUCCAUCGAAGACCCCACAAAGCAGACCAAGUUUAAAGGCAUCAAGACGUACAUUUCGUACCGCGUGACGCCGAGCCACACGAGUCGGCCUGUAUACAGGCGCUACAAGCACUUUGACUGGCUCUACAACCGCCUGUUGCACAAGUUCACUGUGAUCUCGGUGCCUCACCUGCCAGAAAAGCAGGCCACGGGGCGCUUUGAGGAGGACUUCAUCGAGAAGCGCAAGCGGCGACUGAUCCUGUGGAUGAACCACAUGACCAGCCACCCGGUGCUGUCCCAGUACGAAGGCUUCGAGCACUUCCUGAUGUGCGCCGACGACAAGCAGUGGAAGCUUGGCAAGAGGCGGGCUGAGAAGGACGAGAUGGUGGGGGCUCACUUCAUGCUGACCCUCCAGAUUCCCAACGAGCACCAGGACCUUCAGGACGUGGAGGAGCGGGUGGACACCUUCAAGAACUUCGCUAAGAAGAUGGACGACAGCGUUAUGCAGCUCACACACGUCGCCUCGGAGCUGGUUCGGAAGCACCUGGGCGGCUUCAGGAAGGAGUUCCAACGACUGGGAAACUCUUUUCAGUCCAUCAGCCAGUCGUUCAUGCUGGACCCUCCGCACAGCUCCGAGGCCCUAAACAACGCCAUCUCCCACACUGGCCGCACCUACGAGAACAUUGGCGAGCUGUUCGCGGAGCAGCCCAAGUACGACCUCUUCCACAUGCUGGACACGCUGUCGCUAUACCAAGGCCUGCUCGCCAACUUCCCAGACAUUAUUCAUCUACAGAAAGGUGCCUUUGCCAAGGUGAAGGAGAGCCAGCGGAUGACGGACGAGGGCAAGAUGGACCAGGGCGAGGCCGACGGCAUUCGCAAGCGUUGCCGGACGGUCGGCUUCGCGCUGCAGGCCGAGAUGAGCCACUUCCACCGGCAGCGGGAGGUGGACUUUAAGGACAUGAUGCAGGCGUACCUCAGGGAGCAGAUCACCUUCUACCAGCGCGUGGUGCAGCAACUGGAGCGCACGCUACGCAUGUACGAGUGUCUUUAAGGAUACUGCGUGCCAAACCAGUGGGUGCCCCGGACUCUGCGUUUUCCCGAGACUUACUGUGCACCUAUCACAUAACAGACGACAACGUUGCAACAUAUUGUGUCUUUUACAUAAUUUAAGGUAUUAUGGCAUUACGUGUAGGUUUUAAAUUCUUUGCUGUUCCUGUAGUGGAUCGUUCACACUAAAGCCAUCAAACGGGUUCAGUCCCCUUCACUUCAUUGUCAUUUUAAACAAGAAAACCAAAAAUGACUGCUUUUAAAUGAACGAUCAGCAUCACUUCUGUUUCCUAUUCGACUCUUCCCUACAUAUGUGUACCGGCGACUCAUCCAAAUGUUGCUGAAGUGCCUUAAUGCCACGUUUCCACCAAGCGGUCCAGUUUAGUUCAGUAUGGUUAAUUGGGUUCGAAACCCAACUGCAGGGUUGGCAAGUAGUAUCGCACACAUAAAUGAUGUUGGUACAUUUAUCUACUAUUGAUGAUGGAAACCCACAUAUUUAGGUACUUGACCACUGUGAUUAAUACCCCAACACAAGGGUACCAAAAAGUGGUAUUGAUUGUACACAUUGAUGAUGGAAACACAAACCUUUUGACCCCCGACCUGUUUAGUUGGUUCCCCGGUUAUUUUGGUACCCUUUACAGGUUUCGAUGAUACGAACACAAAACUUUUGGGAUCCCACCACUGCAAUUAGGAACCUAAUGGUUCAGUACACAAGCCAAUAUUUAAACAUACUGUACCGAACCGAACCCAAAUGCACUGCUUUGUGGAAACGUACGUCAGAGGAAGUUGUGUUGUAGUGCGAAGGUUUGGAACAACAUAGUGCCUUUAAGACUAAGUUAGCAUUUUUUUGCAGCGCUAGCGCAAUGCAGACGAAAACAAAACGUUUGAGGGAAUCUAAGCAAGAAACUUACUGAUUUUUUUUAAACGACAUGACCACAAAUGGCACUUUUUUUUUAUAUGAAAAAAACAAAGUUAUUUACUUGUGUGUUUGUGUGGUGCAGCAACUGGAGCACACACAAUUGUCCUCGUUUGAAUGCUUUUGAUGGCUCAGUGACGUAAAAGAUUUGUGUGUGUCGGCUUGACAUUCUGGUGUGCUUGUUUUUAAAUCACAUUCCUAAACUUGUCGAUUCGGCUUCCUAAAGUGAACAGAUGUGUUCUUGGGUCUAAAUGUUACUGUCUACAUGUUUUUUUUUUGUAAUACCCUUUGACCAAGUCUAUCUGGCAGUCUCUCCCACAAGUCAGAAUUUUCCUACAUUGUUUUUUUUUUUUUUUCUUUCUACUGCGGAGCUCAUUUUUCUCUCUGCUUUCGUAAAUGAAUCUGUCCUUGUGUGUAAGGAAAAUGUGCAGGCAGCCUCUGAAAAAGGCCGAAAGCAGAAAGCGGACAAGGUUUAGCAUGUGAAAAUCCCCAUCGAAAUAAAACGCAGUUUCACUGUUGCCGUGAAACGUCCAAAAAAGUAUUGCUGAUGUGUUGACCUUGAGGGUUUACAGAAUGUCAAAAAAUGCUGAGUCAUUCCUCACUUGAUUAAAGGGAAGGGGACACAGAAGGUUUAAAUAAAAAAAAAAAGAUACAAUUAAUAAAAAAAGAAUGGUGGUCUGAA